UGGGAGGACACCUCGAGGAAUCUAGGGAGUCGCUUCGCGGAGGGGGUGAGGGAGGGCCCCUCCCGGUGGCGCUGAGAGGUCUCCACCUGCCGGGAAGACGUUCGAACCUGCCGGGAGGAUGUCUCCACGCGGUGGGAUGAUGUUUCCUCGCGGUGGGACGAUGUCUCCACGCGGAUAGUUGACGUCUCCUUGUGGCGGGUGCUUUCCACUCGCGGAGCGGAGGACUUGCUCCUAAGAGGCGAGGCCAUUCUGCCAGGACACCCAGGUCAGGAGGGACAAAGAGGUUCCAGGGUCAUGCUCUGCGGCACGUCACACAGGGAAAGGUGACGUCAGGGUGGUGUACUACGUCAGCGUAGGCUGCGGGACACAUAAACUCUGCAAUCAAUGAGGUCCUCCAGCACGCCCCGCUCGUUCACUGCGCGCGCAGCCGGCCCAGGCCACACAGAUAGGCGGGGCCUCUCGUCUCAGAAUGAGGCUGUCCCCGCCCUCGUGUCCCACCCUGCCCCGCGACCGGAAAUAGGAGCCGUGGCUUCCGGAUCCUCCCUCACCAUUCGAGCCUGCCGUUCGUUCGGGUUGGUUGUGUUUGCGUCUCUCUGCUUGUUAUGGCCGCGGCCGUCGCUAUGGAGACAGAUGAUGCUGGAAAUCGACUUCGGUUUCAGUUGGAGUUGGAAUUUGUGCAAUGUUUAGCCAACCCAAAUUACCUUAAUUUUCUUGCCCAGAGAGGUUACUUCAAAGACAAAGCUUUUGUUAAUUAUCUUAAGUACUUGCUUUACUGGAAAGAACCAGAAUAUGCCAAGUAUCUAAAGUACCCUCAGUGUUUACACAUGUUAGAACUGCUCCAAUAUGAACACUUUCGAAAGGAGCUGGUGAAUGCUCAGUGUGCGAAAUUCAUUGAUGAACAGCAGAUUCUGCACUGGCAGCACUACUCCCGGAAGCGGAUGCGCCUUCAGCAAGCCCUGGCAGAGCAGCAACAGCAGAACAACACAGCAGGAAAAUGAAGAGCUGGUGACAGACCGGCUCUAAGGACAUGUAUAUAAUGUAUCGCUGUUGUACAGCACCGAUAAAAGAAGACUCUUUCUGAUCACCGUUAUUAUGGUAGCACUCAGAACCAUUAGUGUUAUUUUUGGUCAGCAAACUUUAUAUUGUUAAUAGAUUAUUUCUGUUAAAUCAGAA